AUGGCAACUAGAACAGCAUCAGCUGCUUCUCCACCACACGAGGAAUACCAGUACCUCGAUCUUGUGCGCGAGAUUCUCGAUCACGGCGAACACCGCCCAGACCGCACCGGAACCGGCACAUACUCAGUAUUCGCACCACGACCAUUAAAAUUCUCCCUCCACGACAAACAAGACGGACGACUUAUCCUCCCGCUCCUCACCACCAAGCGCGUCUUCCUCCGCGCCAUCAUCGCCGAGUUACUCUGGUUCAUUAAGGGCGAAACCUCGUCACUAACACUCAGCGAAGCCGGCGUCAAGAUCUGGGACGGCAAUGGCUCGCGCGAGUUCCUCGAUAACCUAGGCUUAACGCACCGGGCCGUUGGCGACCUAGGACCCGUGUACGGGUUCCAGUGGCGGCACUUUGGCGCCGAGUAUGUCGAUGCGCAAACCGAUUAUGCGGGGCAGGGAGUCGAUCAGUUGGCGCAUAUUAUUCACAAGUUGCGCACAAACCCGUUUGAUCGGAGGUUGAUUCUGAGUGCGUGGAAUCCAAGGGAUAUUCCGCAGAUGGUUCUGCCGCCGUGUCAUAUGUUUGCUCAGUUUUAUGUUUCAUACCCGAGAAGUAGUAGCGGUGGUACUGCGAAUGAUGAGAAGAGUCGGGAAGAAGGAGAGAAACCAAAAGGCCAUCUUCAUUGCCAGUUAUACCAACGAUCGUGCGACAUGGGUCUCGGCGUGCCAUUCAAUAUCGCAAGCUAUGCGUUGUUGACACACAUGAUUGCGCACGUGUGUGACCUUGUGCCCGGCAGUCUGACGCAUGUUAUGGGCGAUGCGCAUGUGUAUGUUGACCAUGUCGAUGCACUCCAGACGCAGUUGGAGCGCGAGCCGCGCGAUUUCCCUGAACUGGAGAUCAAGCAGGAGAAGGGCGGCAGUAUUGACGGAUGGCAGGCGGAGGAUUUUGUGGUUAAGGGAUACGAUCCUCACAAGACUAUUGCGAUGAAGAUGUCUGUAUGA